GUAAUGAAAAACAGGUAUACAGGUCACCCAGCUGGUUACUGUUUUGUUAACUUCUCUUCAGAUCAAGCGGCUCUGACGGCUAUGCACAAACUCAAUGGAAAAGUUAUACCUCACAGUCAGCCACCUGUUCGAUUUAAGCUGAACCACAGCAGCACAAGAGGAAAUAACACAGAUAAGGAAUAUUCUCUUUGGGUGGGAGACCUCACCCCAGAUGUUGAUGACUUUGCCCUUUACAAGACAUUUGGCAGCAGAUACAACAGUAUAAAGACAGCAAAAGUGAUAUACGACCCAAAUGGACAAAGCAAAGGCUUCGCUUUUGUACGAUUUUAUUCAGAAGAUGAAUACAAAGAUGCCCUCACUCACAUGAAUGGCUUCAAGGGGUUAGGCCAAAAGCCCCUUAAAGUUAGCUAUGCUGUUCCAAAAAAGCAACAUUAUCCAGGAAUGAAUAAUAUGGGAGGUGACUACAGUCAGUAUUAUGAACAAUACUGGAAUAAUUAUGCAGCCUGGCAAAAUUACGGCACCUACUAUGAUCCCUAUGCUUCAUCAUAUGGUGACUAUGGCAGUGGCUUAGAGGGAGGCAAUGGGGAUUCUAAGGAUUCCUCUAAGGAAGAUUUUGAGCCAGUUGAUUGGUAACCCAUAGAUAGGAGGAUUAGCUAAAAUUGGAACCUUGACACACCAGCUUUAUCCUUCAAUCCUGCUUGCCUAUCGGAUCAGACUCUUUUCUCAUGGGUUGAGAGUCCCGAGUGUUUCUUCUCAAGUUUAAACAUUUAUCUGUAUCAAACUGUGUGGAGUGAAACAAAUUCUAUACUUUGCUGGUAAUUGUAAGUGGCUUUUAUUUAAUCAGUACAGUGGCCAGUUACAGAAUGUUUUAUUGUUUAUAGUACAUUUUGAUUUGUUAAUAAAAAAUAUCAUCUAGACCCAGUUAUAGAGGAAACUCAUCAACAUGAUGAUAUUUCAGGUUGACUCAUAUAUCCUCAUCUUAAUUGUGAAAAAGAUCAUAGAAAAGCUAACAUAUCUUGGUAACAUUUUUUAGUAUACUGUAGUUACUUUUAAAAAAUUAACUUAUUUUAUCUGAUAUGAUAUUUAAAAAAUUCCUUUUGACACACAAGUACGUAUAUGCACACGAGCAAUGGUGUAAACAGUGUGUUCACAACUGAAAGGUUCUGGAGUCAUAUCUUGGGCAGGGAGAGGAUAAGGACAAGUUUCCUUACACCUGUUGCCCUUGUUUACCUAGCAGGAAAUAGGUACCUAGGUAUUGGUCAUCUCUUGUAGGAUGCAACCUUGGGGCAUUGAAAUUCUAAUAAUGAAGAUGGCACACCAUUGUAAUACCUCUGCUCCUGUAUCUUCAAAUAGUCACAUAUACAUAUACAUAUACAUGCACAUGCACACAUAUACAGCACUGUAUAUUUAUAUUUGUGGUUGUUGAGAGCUAUUCAUUAGCACAUUGUGUGUCCAUGUAUGCCAUGAGGACAUUUAACCUCCAUAAUUAGGGUUUGUACUUGUAGAAUUUUUCAUAAGCAGUUUAAAAAUUCUAUUUUUCUCAUCUCUGUUUAUAUAUUUAUUACUUCAUAUAUAGGAUGAAUUUUUUAUAUAACUGUACAUUUGCUUGUUAGAUAUAUGAAUUAGGUGCGAAGUUUUUUUUACAGAGGUGAUAUUGAGUUUUGAGUGAAAUUGCAUAUUUUCCUCUAUACAAAAACAUUAAGGGGUUCCAAAUACUAUAUCCAGCAUGAUAGAGACCUCAUCCAUUUCAUAAAUUUGGCUGUUUCUUAAGAACAAUUUUAAAACAAAAAUCUUGCUUGUAUAAAUGUGCAUAUACAUAUAGUAUAAUAUGAUAUUUGGUACUUAAGAAAUCAUGCUGUUGUAGACAGAUAAUUUAUUCACCAAAAAUAUCCUUGUAUCAUUUAGCUGAAUUUACAUCAGCCAACUCUGUCACUUGUAUUAUAUCACUACUUUACACAUACACCUUCAGUCUCUUCUUAAACCACUUGCAUAAACUCUUAGCACAUGUAAAAUUGACUUAAAGUGCACAAAAAGCCACAGUGAUAUCCAAAUGGACAACCUAAUUGAUUUUGGAAUUGUGGAUUUAUCCUAUGAGGAGAAAUUUGGAACAGUUUCAUCCUGGAGUUCAGAUAUGGUGUUUGGAGUCCUGUUGUAUGAAAUUUUACUCAUGGUUUUAUAAAAGCAACUAACCUAAAAUUACAUCUUCUCAUUAUAUACUUGUAUUCUUUUUUGAUUUGAACUAAUUUCAGGUGUAUCAGAGCUAAUUUACAAAGUAGAAUAAUUACUCUUAUGCUUGUUUUAAGCAUUUAAAAGGUGGCAAAAAUCUCUUCUUUUGUUGAAUACUGUAUAUACUGUACUUUUUUCAUUUCUGAUCUGUUGCUGCUUUAGUUUUCCUGUUCAGAUGAUCUCAGGAUUCUUUACAUUAUUAUUAUUAUUAUUAUUAUUAUUAUUAUAUUUAGUACUAAAAGCAAGGGGCUAGUAACCCCCUUCUCCUGUAUACAUUACUAAAUUUAAAAGGAGAAACUUUCGUUUUUCCUUUUGGGCAACCCCGCCUUGGUGGGAUACGGCUUGUUUGUUGAAAGAAGUUUAGUACUAAAAUGUCUUAAUAAAUAGGCUAAUUUAUACUAAUAAUUUCAAAAGUGGGAAUGUUAAGAAAUUUAUUCAGUUGUGAAUAAAAAUUUAUUUUACAUUUGUUCAGCAUUUCAGGAUGACAUCAAAAUAUCUAAAUUUUGUGCUAUUUUCCAAAAAUUAUUUUUAUUGCAGUAGCUUACCUUUGUGUGUUAAGUGUACACCAGUUGCUCUUUCAUUAAAUAAAGUGCUGCUGUGUGUGUUCAUUUUUUGCUGAUUUACUUUUAUCUGUUACCAUAGCAGAUUUUAUUGGUUUAGUUAUUCAUUUUCGUUUUUGAAUUUACACAUAUUUGUGGAUAAUUACUUUUAUUAAAAUAAGGACCCUGUAAACAUCAAUAAAGUUGGGAAGUAACAUUA